AUGGAUGAAAUCAAAAAGAACUUGAAUAACAUUUCUCUUUAUGAUGUUAAGGCUUAUGUGCGUAAAGCUCAAAAUGUUGUUUUGAACUAUACAGAAAUGGAAGCUAAAGUCAGAGAAGCUACAAAUAAUGAACCUUGGGGUGCUUCCAGCACUUUGAUGCAAAAGAUCGCUGCAGGUACUUAUAACUAUAGAGAAAGAGAAGAAAUCAUUGGAAUGAUAUUCAGAAGAUUCACUGAAAAAGCUGCUAAUGAAUGGCGUCAAAUCUAUAAAGCCUUACAAUUAUUGGAAUACUUGAUCAAAAAUGGUUCAGAAAGAUUCGUUGAUGAUGCCAGAGCAAACUUAAGUCUUAUCACCAUGCUGAGAUCAUUCCAUUACAUUGACUCACAAGGUAGAGAUCAAGGUAUAAAUGUUCGUACCAAAGCCAAAAAUUUGAUUGAAUUGUUGAAUAACGAUUCAACUUUGAGAAACGAAAGAAAGAAAAGUAGAGAUAACUCAAAGAAGUUCCAAGGUGUUGCAGGUGGUGGUGCUUCUACUAUUCCUGGAGCAAGUUAUGAUGAAUAUGGAACUUACGAAGGUAGAAUCUUUGGUGAUGGUGGUGUUUAUGGUGAACGUUAUGAAGAAAAUAGAUCAGCUUCCAGAUCGGAUAAUGAUUUUGAAGAAUAUGAUGCUGGCGAAUCAACUACUAGUGCACAAAAAGUUCAUAGAAGUGCUUCUAGAACUGCUGGUGUCGCAGCUGCAAGAAGAGCAAGUAAAAACAAACCUACCCCUGCUAAACCAGCUCAAAAAGAAAUUGAUUUGUUUUCUUUUGAUGAGCCAGCUAAUCCAGCAACAACAUCCUCUAAUAACAAUGAUUUAUUUUCAUCGGGUACUAAUGGACAAUCAAAUACAGCAGCAAAUAAUGCCAAUGAUGAUGAUGACGAUGAUUUUGGUGAUUUCCAAGGAUCUUCAGCU